AACAACAAAGUGAGAAAAGAGGCGAACAGAUUAGAUAUAUUAUUGUUGAUAGCUUGCUUAAAAUGAUGUACGAAAAUAAUGACUUUUCUUCCAUUUCUUUUGCUCUGACGUAUUAUUACGUUGCCUUGAAAUUCUUUCUCAUUUUAUUGUCAAUUUCGCUUAUGUAUCAAAGGUGGCGUUGUGAGGAGCCAUCUUAGGG